GAGAUGGGGCUGCGCGGGCGCGUGCUGUACGCGCUGCACGAGGAGGUGAAGGGGCUGCUGCAAGAGGUGGUGUCGUGCGUGGCGGACCACGCCGAGGAGACUGCCGAGACGGCGCUGUACCGCGUGGCGCGCCGGCAGCUGGACGUGUUCGACUCGCUCUUGGAGACGGUGGUCAACCAGAAGCGGCACGCGUCCGCGGGGCCCGCGCCCCCCGCCGGGGCCCCCGUCGUGCCCCCCGUGGCCCCCGCCUCCACCACCGCCAUGGCCACCGCCGCCUCCUAACGCGGACGCGGACGCAAGACGCUCGAGCUGUGCGAAAUGCGAGGUGCAGCAGAGACAGAGAGAGAGAGAGAGAGAGGGCAGAAUGUAGUUAUUUAUGUUACAAGGACGGAGGGUGUGCAUUAAGGAAUUGAACUGAAUUGAAUUGAUAUUACUCGCGCAACUUUUCUUGAACGAUGACCUUGCUUCCCCCCCUCUGGCACAAUAAACAGUUGAAGGCAAAAGCUCGCAGCGAGCACUAAUGACAAUAUCCCAAACACAUCUUCACUGGCGCGAAAUAGAAACUAUUUUCUGUUAAAGACAACUUAUGUCCGU